AUGGAGAAAGACUUCGGCACAGAUAAACCUGUACGAGUUGCACUUCAUCCUUCACUAGGCAAUCGACUUGCAAUUGGAUUCAUAGAUGGUUCCAUCAGAUUUUGCAAUUUCAAUUUAUCGGAAGCGAAAAUUGAGAUUUUAGCCACGAGAAAACUGAAAAGAGCUGUGCGAGAACUUUCCUUCUCCAAUAAUGGCGAGCAGUUGUUUGCAGUUUGUGAAAAUCGAGCACUAUGUGUUUAUAAUGUUGAGGCAAAUAAAAGGAUACGGUGCAUUCAGAAAAGUCAUGAUCAUAAGCUUAGCGCAAUGUUUGUUUUGCCAGAUGCGUCAAUGAAACAUCAACAAAUCGUGACAGGCGAUGAAUUUGGUGAAAUAAGGUCAUGGGAUUUACGGGCCAAGAAGCCACUGGUCAGCUGUUUCAAUGAACAGGAAGAUAUUAUAAAUGGUUUCGGCAUUGCUGGAAAUGCUUUAUUAGCAGCUAGUUCAGAUGGAACUCUUGGAGCAUAUGAUUUCCGGAGGCAGAAAAUAUUGGUUAGAUCGGAACCGAUGCAUAGUGAACUUCUAUGUUUGGCUGUUACCCAUAAAUAUUGUUACAUUGGCAGUGGUGAUGGUUAUUUAGAAGUUUUCAAGACAAAAGAGUAUGGUAAUCUCUUGGAAAGGAUUAAGACAGAUCAUCCAUUGGGAAUUGACACUGUGCAGCUUCUUAGACAUGGUGUUUUGUUAACUGGUUCAAAUGAAGAUGAUCAGUUAAGGGUAACUCAUUUGAAUCCAAAUAAAAGUAUGGGUAGUAUUGGUUUGCAUGUCGGUGGCGUACAGCAGUUAUUAAUUACUUGUGAUCGAGAAUGUCUUUUAAGUGUCGGUUGGUUGGAAUCAACUAUUAAAUUUUGGCGUUUGCCGGAAUUACUAAACAUGAGAUUCAUCUUACCACCCGCUGGGACUUCUAUUUUUAUACGACAUAAGGUCAGCGGUAUAGUGUCCCGUCAAGAAAUUAGAAGUCCGUUUGGAUUUUAUUUGAAGGAUGACUCAAGAGAAUCGAAAAUGCAGGAGGAAAGAAUAUCAUGCUUGUGCUGCGGUUCAUUGGAUAGCUUAAAUAUUUGUCCAAGAUGCGCUCUCGCAUAUUGCUCUGUAAAGUGCUAUCGAAGUGAACAACAUCGGGAAUGUUCAGAAUCGUUUUAUCGUGAAUGUGUCGAAGAAGAAUUGCGUUGCAAGGGUGAUGCACAAAAGUCUCCAAAAACUUUUGAAGAAUUUAUGAAUGAACAGGCUGUAGAAGAUUUCCCGAUAGAUAUGGAAAUUCCAGAUAGUUCUGAUCAUAUGAUGGAUUCAGAUGAUGAUGAUGAUAAUGUUAACAAUUACUUAGAAAAAGUAGAAAACGCAUGCGCUUCGGAAUACCAAUCAGCUGAGGAACGUGAGCUAGACAGACAGCUAACAUUACUUGGUGUUGGUACAGACAAUGAGAGUCUUCUGUCAUCGCUCACCGACAUGGAAAAAAAAUCAUUUACCUUGUUUUACAAUAAAUUACUAGAACAAGAAGCUGGUCUUGGUCGAUCAGUUUUUACAAAGAAACAGGAACCUAAAUAG